AUCAGUGUUGCCACGUGCUCCUCCGCGUCUCGGUUUCAGAAUGCGCAUUUGUCUAUAAUCAACAUGACUGCAUCAUACCUUCAUACAGUAUUCUAAUUCAGAGUAAAGAAGGAGAGGUGAUCGACCUGGAAUUGUAGCUACUCUUACUCGUUCGCUCGUAUUGUGUUCGCUCGUGUAAUCCUGCUCCUCAUACUUGAUCAUGGCAGACGAAUUCGAGCCGCUUGAACCGACACUCCAAAAUGUUCUCGACCAGAAGAGCUUAAAGUGGAUCUUCUGUGGUGGAAAGGGAGGUGUCGGAAAAACGACCACUUCGUGCUCUUUGGCUGUUCAAUUAGCGCAAUGUAGAGAAUCGGUGCUGCUCAUCUCCACCGACCCUGCGCACAAUCUGUCAGACGCAUUCUCACAAAAGUUCGGAAAAGAUGCGACCAAAGUCAACGGGUUUGACAACCUGUAUGCCAUGGAGAUCGAUCCGAACGGGAGUUUGCAGGAAAUGAUUGAGGCGUCGGAUCAAAGCGGCGGCAUGGGAUCCAUGAUGCAGGACCUCGCCUUCGCUAUACCGGGAGUGGACGAGGCGAUGGGCUUUGCGGAGAUCAUGAAGCAUGUCAAGUCUAUGGAGUUCUCGGUCAUUGUUUUUGACACCGCCCCGACUGGUCACACUUUGCGUUUCCUCUCUUUCCCGUCUGUGUUGGAAAAGGCUCUGGGCAAGCUCAGCACGCUGAGCGGCAGGUUCGGACCCAUGCUGCAACAGAUGCAAGCCAUGUUUGGUGGCGGCGCACCUCAAGAGGACAUGUUCGCGAAACUCGAUGAUAUGAGAGAGAUCAUAACGGAAGUCAACACCCAAUUCAAGGACCCAGAGAAGACGACCUUUGUCUGUGUCUGUAUCUCCGAGUUCCUGUCGCUCUACGAGACCGAGCGCUUGAUACAAGAGUUGACGUCGUACGAGAUCGACACACACAAUAUUGUGGUCAACCAGUUGCUUUUCCCGAAACCCAGUGACAACUGCGAACAGUGCAGUGUGCGUCAUAAGAUGCAGCAGAAGUACCUCAACGAGGCUUUCGACCUUUACGAAGAUGGCUUCCAUAUUGUUCAGCUGCCAUUAUUGACCGAGGAAGUCCGGGGAGUCGAAAAGAUCAAAGAGUUCAGCAAGAUGCUGGUGAAGCCGUACUCGCCACCUAAGUAGACGUGUUAGUCGUAGUAUCUGAAGUGUAUCACCGGUAUUGGAUCUGCAUGCAUCUUGCUGUCAGAGCCG